UCUGUCAUUGCCAAAAGAAUACAGUUACAGUAAAUAAAUAAUUCAUUCAGCAUUAAUAUUAGUUCCUUUGGAUAUUUAAUUUACUUUGCUUAGUUAUAAGUAACAAUGGGAGCUGCACCUACGGAUUGGCAGCUGGAAUGUACGGAGCUGAAACAGAGAGGUGCCUAUCUACUCCAGUCAGGACAAUGGUCUGAUUGCACUUUCUUAGUAGGCACGGAGCCCAACCAGGUAGUCCUUGUUGGUCACAAAUUGAUACUUGCUAUGGCAUCGCCAGUUUUUGAAGCUAUGUUUUAUGGCGGUAUGGCAGAACGGAAUGAGAGUAUACCUAUUGUUGAUGUCCAAAUAGAUGCAUUUAAAGCUUUAUUAGAAUACAUAUACACAGGUAACAUAAACAUCAGUUCAUUUGACAAGGCUUGUGAAUUGUGUUAUGGAGCCAAGAAAUAUAUGCUACCUCAUUUAGUCAAAGAGUGCACAAGGUACCUUUGGUCUGAUCUGUAUCCAAGAAAUGCAUGCAGGGCCUAUGAAUUUGCACGACUGUUUGAAGAAAAUGUUUUAAUGGAGAAAUGUAUUCAGAUUAUCAGCACAAAUACCAAGGAGGUAUUAAAUGACAGCAGUUUCGAAGAGGUUGAAUUAAAUACAGUAAUCACAGUCUUCUCCUUAGACCAUCUUAACGUUGACAGUGAGCUGGAUCUGUUUGAAGCAGCUGUCAGGUAUGCAAAAGCUCUAGAAAAAAGGACUGAGAGGAGUGUCAGCCCACCCAGAGAAUGUGCAUCUGAGAACAGGCAAAAGAGUCCCGUUCCAUCUACUUCUCAGGAAAAGGAACAGGUAGUUAAUGUUGAUAGCAGUGCAGAGAGUAGUCCAGAGACAGUAAUGGAUACAUGUCGUGCCAAUGAUUCGGAUACCCUCGGAGCCCCUCCAAUUGAACACAACAAGAAACCGAAGACAGAACAUAAAGAGAAAGUGUCGAUUCGGAGUGCAGUAGAGAAGAUCCGCUUCCUGACACUGUCUCCGCAGCAGUUCGCGGGCGGCCCGGCGCGCUCCGCGUUGCUCAGCGAGUCGGAGGCCUUCGCUGUGCUCAUGAACAUUCUGUCCACCAGCACCGACGUGCCGCUACCCGCCGGCUUCUCUGCGUCGCGCGUGCCUCGCAAGCAACUCAUCGGUGGAGGUCCACCCUGUAAUAUGCCGACAUUCACGGUGGACACGCCUAGCCCAGUGGCGGUGGAGCAAGUGUGGUGCGCGCCAGAGUUGUCGCGCCCGCAGCCCUGUGUCACCUACCCGCGCCCCUCCCGACAAGACGGUGUACGAGCACCCUAUUCAAUCCCCAACCCAAUGUCAGGCUUGGUGGUGAUGGAUGAAAUGCACAGCAACAACAUGCACAAGAUUUACUGUCAGCGAGCCAUAGUGCAGCACACGGACUGCCUCAAUACAAGUGCCCUGGACUGCUCUGUUACAUUCAUGGUCGAUAAAAACAUCUAUGUGCUCGGUGUUCAGGUGCCGACGCAGGCGCCGAGCGAGGAGAGCGGCGGCGGCGCGGGCGGCGCCAGCGGCUACUCGGAGCUGCUGUACGCGCACCUGCUGGACGCGGACGGCGCGCGCCUGUCCUACACGCACUACACCAACCGCGUGCCCUACCGGCACCUGCUCGACAUCAUGUUCAACCGCCGCGUCUACAUCCAGCGGAACAAGGUAUAUAAAGUGGGUAUAGUGUUCAAUAAGGUGGGAUGGUAUCCCAUGGGCACGUGCGCGCAGCAGGUCGCCGCAGAAUCCGUCUUCUUCAACUUUGGCAUCGGACACAGCAGCGACUCUGUGCGUGAUGGUCUCAUACGAUCUAUUAUAUUUACAUACUAGACUGGAGACAGCACCGGCCCUGGUCCUUUGAUAAAGGAGCAGAGUAAAUAUUGUCUUUGGUGCCUCUUGGUUUCCACCAUUAUUGAAGAAAAUCUGUAAACAAUGCUAUAAAAUUACAUGACUUAUAAAUAUAUAUAUAAAAUAUAUUUAUAAAAUAGACUAUUGCGCUCCCUUUCUCUUGAAUGGCGUAUAAAAAAGUAUCCAAUUUGUAGUCGGUAAUCUAUUCAAAUUAGUUUAAUGAUGAUUAAACAAUUAAACGGCGCGAAAGUUAUUUGUUAAUGAUCUCGUUACAUUGAACAUGUUGUGAUUAAGAGCUAUCAAAAAUUGUCAACACUUGUUCAUUAGAAUAAAUACUAUAUAAUUUAUUCCAACGGCAGGAUAAGUAAACAUAACAAUAAAUCAAAAAUUUAUAUAUUCUAUAUGUAAUGCCAAUAACUUUGGUAUAUUAUGUAACUACUUUUCCAAUUUAAUUGUACUUCCAAAGUUCAUAUAACAAACUCUUCUUACCAUUGGAAUAAAAUAAUGUAUUUAUGUAUAAGUCUAAUUUAUUAUUGCAUCUAUUUAAUUUGAUAUUGUAUACUUUAUCAGAGUGAGUUUGUCUUUCGAAAUUAUUUGAAUAUUUCUAUGUAUAGUCUAUUUCAAUCACAAGAAGAGUAAAGCAAAAUUAACAACUUCGAAAAUGAAUUGACACCAUAUUGUUAGUGUAAAGGAAGAAAGGUUAAAGGUGGCCCUUUAGACAUUCUAAAUUGUAGUUUUGGGAAAUGAGGUUACUAACUUAAUAUUAAAACUCAUUUUCAAAGAGUACUGUUUUGGCGCUUCAGCCUUUCUUCCUUUCCAUUAAUGAUAUAAUUGGUCGAUAUUUUGUAUAAUCUAUGUUAUUCAUUAUAGAUUCGCCAAAAAGUCGCGUUCCGAAUGUCGGCGAAGUUGUUAUUAAGGUAUAUAAGUAGUUAAAUUGUGUUGUAUUAUACUCAAAACUCAAAUUCCCUUAUUCUAUAUAUAAGUAUUACACUUACUUAUUGAUUGUAGAAUCAAAAGAAAAUACCUUGACCUGAGAAUAACCGGUUAUAUGAACUAUUUCCUGACUUUCUUUCAGUAUAUAUUAGUAUCUAAAGAUAUAUUAUUCAAGAACUGUUUGUAGUGUUUAUGUAAACUAUGGUUUGAACAUAUUUGCUUCUUUGAUUGGAGUAGGGUAUGGUAUAGGUUAUUGAUAUUGAUUGUGCCUUUAGUUUUAUAUUUUCACAUUAUCUUUACUAUUUAACGAAUUGAUUUUUUAUUUUAUAGUAUAAUUAAUUAUCUUCUCCCUUUAUUGACACAAGGUAAAAAAAUAUAUUUUGUACAUAUUAUAUUAACAAAUACAUAUAGUAUAUUUCAUAAUAUAUAACUAAAUCAAUUGCAGAUUCCCUCAUGAGUAUACUUUUUGUUU